UCUACAACGCCCACUUCACCACCUUACCAGAGCUCAACUCAACCCUUCUUUCCAAUGCCUUUCGCAGGUGACCCAUUGGCCCACUACGGCCAAAGGAUUAUCGAAGAUUAUCAUGCCUCUCUCACUGCCAAGCUCCCCAAGCUUGACUCCAAUAAGACCGGUUUCUUUGACAUUUCAGAUGAGACACUGCGCUUUUUCCCCAACCAAAAGGUCGGAAUCUUGGGCGCUGGUGUCGGUGGCCUUUAUACUGCGUUGAUGCUGGACUCUCUGGAUAUCGAGUACGAGAUCCUAGAGGCUUCAGACCGCAUUGGUGGCCGUCUCUCCACGUACAAAUUUCCAGGGGGACAGAAGUACGAUUACUUUGAUGCUGGAGCUAUGCGUUACCCCCUUCCGAAAAAGGAUGAACAGGGACGGUACAAGAAUGGGGUUAUGAAGCGCCUGGCCGAGUUGAUCAUCUAUCCUCCGUUAAACGAAGGUUCAGAUCGCCUCGAGGACAAGCUUAUUCCUUACUACUUCAAUGCUCGCGAAGGUCCCAACUUGAAACCGGGCUUCUACUACUACAAUGGUGUCCGCGAACGAAUCUCUGACAAACCUGGACCUUUCCGUGCUGAACAGCUCGGCGUCUCUGCUAGCUAUAUCAAAGCAGGUCCAGAUGCUAUCCACAGCGACGUCAAUGGCCCGUUUGCCAGGAUGCUCAUUGAAGAUAUGGAGCAGGGAACGAAGGACGGUUGGCGGGUUCUGAUGGCAAAUGACAAGUAUUCCGUCCGCGCAUACAUGUCAUUCAAGUACAUCUCCAGUGCUGACCUCGGCCUUGCUCCUCAACAUCUUUCCAAUGAUGUGAUCAACUGGUGCGAGUCUCGCGAAGACAGUACCAAGGCGUUUGACCACGGAUUGUCGGAGGACGUCUUUGACGCAUUGGCAUUUGACGUGGUCGGUGGUUCAGACUUCGGUGACGUUGAUUGGAGGUGUUUCGAUGGCGGCUCAGAAGGGCUGUCGAACAAGAUGGCAGAAGUUAUCGGUAAAAAGGGGAACCGCAUCCAGCUCGGCAAGCGAGUUACGGGCAUAAAUCAAAGUCAUGACCUAGUUAUCACUGUUCCCUCCGAUUUUCCAAAGCACAAGCUUCCUCCUGGAGUGAUCGAAUUGGAGAAUGACACUGGCACCGGAGCCGUUGUUGCCAGUGUGUCCGAGAUCGUUGGCCGGCCAAGGCCAUCGAAGAAAAUCCUCAUCCGGAAGGCUGGUGUCGCGAUCACAGUCCACGAAGAAUCUGCGCCUCGCGUCUAUUCCCAUGUUAUAUCUACCCUCCCUCUUACCGUGCUUCGCACGAUAGAUAUGACAGAUGCAGGGUUGAACGUCAGGCAGAAGAAUGCUCUGCGUCAGUUGGAGUACGGUCCUUCCGUCAAGAUUGCUAUUCGCUUUAAAGAGCCAUGGUGGACCACCAAGCUAGGCAUCGUUGGUGGGCAAUCAUUCACGGAUCUUCCUAUUCGUACCAUUGUCUACCCGUCCUACGGCGUCGACUCUGAUACCCCGUCCACGGUACUUAUUGCAAGCUAUUCCUGGACCAGUGACGCGGAGCGUCUCGGAACUCUUGCAGGGCCGGACAAGGUUGGAGUGCUGAAGGGGCUUGUGCUUCGUAACCUUGCAGAGGCACACGGUGAUCCAAUUACAUACGAAUUCCUGCGAGAGCAAUUCGUUGACAUUCAUGUCAAGGAUUGGGCCCGUGAUGCAUAUUCAAUGGGGGCUUAUGCAUUCUUCGGUCCCGGUGACUUCAGAGAUAUGUAUACCUCCCUAACUUACCCUGCGGCGAACAAACGUCUGCACUUCGCGGGUGAAGCGCUAAGCACUCGUCAUGCAUGGGUUGUCGGUGCUCUUGACAGUGCCUGGAGAGCUGUACACGAAUAUCUUAGCAUCACAAGGCAAGACGAUAAGAUGAAGAGAUUCAAUGAACUGUGGGGCGAAAAUGUGGAGUGGGCGAGUCCCCCAGGACAAUUCAACGAUGACCAGGCCAAUUUACUUCACGAGCACCUGGGGCUGGUUCAUCAAGCUAUUCUUGCUGGAGAGAUUCAACAUUCCGGUUAGUAACAACGCGAUGAGGGGGAACGUUAAGUGACUGUUCUGUUUUAACCAAGCACUGUAAGUCGUACCGCAUGUAGUUGUGGCGUCCGUAUCCCGUGUAACAUGUAACAUCUACCACCGAGUACUGUUGAUUGACAUGAAUGAUUGCCUUUCUUGGAGUAAUGGAACAGG